CCCUCCCUCCCUCUGUGCGGCUGCCCUCUGCUUUCCCGUCCCUGCGUGCCUCCGAGCUGCCCCGGCCGGGCGCGGGCAGCGCUGUUGGCAGCCUCCCGUCACAAACCGAGUGCAGGUGCACACUGGUGCAGUUAGAGCCUCUCAGUCUGGACGGAGCCUGAACGUGCUCGUGGGCUUGUAGCUUUUGAGUCUAAGCGAGUAUAAAGUGCUGUAGGGCAAGGGGUGCAGUCAAACAUACAGGCACCGUGGUGUAUUUUGGCCUGUUCCGCUGUGUCGCCCUGCUGUGCUUUCUGCCGGUGGUACACCGCGUGGAGGGAGAUUGGCCUGUGUUAUGCUCUUCCGUGUUGAAGAGAGGCUGACAUAGCUCCUUUGCAAAUGUCACUUGCUUUUCAACUCCAUCUGAAGUUUUCAGAGCCGUGCACGAGUACGCAGAAGCAAUUACAAUAUUCUUCAGAUGUGAAGAGCAGGACUGCUUGGUUCAUGAAUUUGAGAAAUGCAGGAACUCUGAGUGACACAAGCUCUUUAGAUGAGACAACCUAUGAGAAACUGGCUGAAGAAACACUGGACUCCUUAGCGGAUUUCUUUGAGGACCUGACAGAUAAACCUUUUACCCCAGAUGAUUAUGAUGUCUCUCUAGGGAGUGGAGUACUUACAAUUAAAUUGGGUGGAGACAUGGGAACAUACGUAAUCAAUAAGCAAACGCCAAACCGGCAGAUUUGGCUGUCCUCACCCACUAGUGGGCCCAAGCGCUAUGACUGGACUGGACGGAAUUGGGUGUAUUCUCAUGACGGAGUAUCUCUUCAUGAACUACUAUCAAAAGAGGUUUCAACAGCUUUAAAAACUAAAUUGGAUUUGUCCUGCUUAACAUAUUCUGGGAAAGAAGAUACUUGAUUGUAUUCUACCUCAUGGAAGUUUGAAGACUUUAACCUCAAGCCAAACUCUUUCUUAGGCUGAAGUACCUGAGCUUAAUUCUGUUGUUUUUCUUGGCAUCAAUAUAUUGUGCAACAAAAACGAAAAUAAUAUAUUUUUUCUCUAGCACUCAGUCUUUGGAUUUCUGUGUGCCAUUUGAAUCUGUGCAGUACACAUGGUUGAGGUCGCCCAUCCUGUCACUUCAUGUCUUCCUUUCUUCCUGCAGAAGUCAUGAAUUGUUAGUUUCUAUAGAACUUACUUGCAUGUAAGGACUGACCACCUGGUGACUUCUGACCAGCACACAAACAGUGAAUUUUUCUUGGUGAAACAUUCACCCAAAACAAGAAGUGCCUGUGAGUUACAUCGAUGUAAAUUGUGGUACUGUGAAUGUGUUGCCUCAAAAUUUGUGGCUGUUGUGAUACAUCAUAGUCAUAUUUAAUAUGUCAUAGUGUGUGUUAUGACAAUUUUUUUCUUAGUAUUGCAGAACUUGCUAUUCUCCAAAGUCUAAAUUGUAGUGUGUUUCACCUCAGGAUUUUUUUUUUUUUUUGGAGCUAAACUUUAAAUUACUUAGACAUUUUUGUAGCUCUGAGCAUGAUAUGGAACUAGAAAAGCUUAAUAUAUGAAGUUUAGGCUGUACAGCAUUACCUCUGCAAACAUUUAAUUCUGUUACUGUGCAUUUCUUUUUCUCUGCCCUUUUGUUCUUCAAAGAGCAAAAGUACUUUUUUUUUUUGAGCUUAGCAAAAUUAAGUUAAUUAAAAUUUGCACUAAUUUUAUACUACUGCAUUUCUUCAAUGGUUUUAGAUUAUCUUCUUAUCACCAUGAUGCAGCAAGUGUUCCUCUGGUACUGUGCUGAUGGAGAAAUUUCUUAGAAUCAAAUAUUGUUCUUAGGCUGAUGAAGCUGUCUUCAUUAGGCUAUUAAAUAUGUGAAGGAAAUAAACUAUACUCCAGAUCUUACAACAAAAACAUUUAACAUUUAAAAGAAAUCAUGAACUACAAUACUUCAGCAGUUGCACUAUUGUAAUAUUACAACUUCCAGGUUUUAACUGCCUAUAAAAUGGACCAAAUUGUUGACUAAUGCAUAAGGGUAAAAUUAUACCAUACUCUUGCAGAUUGUAUGAAAAGAUGUUCAGUGCACAAUAUUUUUCUUACUGGUUUCUCUGAUGAUGUGGUUAAUUUGGCAUGAUUCUCUAGCUAGCUUGAUAGGUAAGGAUUGAUUUUUUGUCACUGGAAAACAGUAAAGUGUUCUUGCCCAGUGUUUGCAUUUAGAAUAUAAGCAUUGUUACCUGCUAUUUCUCACUACUAAACAGAAAUGUUUCAGUGGAAGUAGGUUAAUGGUUCAUGCUUUGUGCAUGUCUUACAGUCAAUAUAAAUUUCAGCGCUACUGGAUGAGGUAAAUACAAUGACUCCCAGACUUCAUGAGUAUAAGAAUAAAGCAUGUUUUUUCAAAAAAGUACAGGGAAGUAAAAAUAGAAUAUAUUUUUGCUGUUCUGAAUUUAGAACACUGAGGAUAAUUUAUAGCAUAUGGAAAUAUGUAUUUUUAUGUAGUUGUAUAAUAUUUAGCUCAAUCUUGUACAAUUUAGGAUUGUAAUUUAAACAAUUUUGUGUAGAAGUUAAUGACUUGAUAAUGGGAUUGAGGAUACCUGGUUAUUCCUUUGCCUGACCAUAUGUAAUUAUUUUUUCCAAUUGACUUUUCAAAAAAUUAUUUUAUUAAGUAUUUGCAUGCGGUUUUACCACUAACAUGCAUCUGAUUCAUAUUUGGAAGUUCAUUUUCCAUUCCCUUGUGUCUGAUAGAAAUGUUAUACCAAAAUAAAAUUGCAUGUGAAAUUCUUAAUUCAUUAUGUAAAGGUGUGAUUAGAGGGUUUGAUAAUAAGGGUGAAGGCCACGGACAGCUGCUUACUUUUGAAUUAUUUCUGUUUCUUAAAAUGCAUACUGGAAAGAUUCUGUCCAAGUGUGGCCAUUAGACGUGAAUUUUAUAAGAGCAGUUCAGCUUUCACAGUUUACAUGGCUUGCCCUUCAUCUGUAAUGCUAUUGCUAUUUAUGCAAACAAUUUCCUGGGUUUAGGUAUCUGAGUAACAAACGGAUUUAAUCUUAGCUGAAGAUAAAUAACAUCAACAAGUUAGAAUGAGUUUUAUCUCAAAGCACAAAAUGAAUCAUAGGACAUGACUCAUGUUUUGCUUUAAUACUUGCAUCAAAUUGUAAGUAGGGGGCAAGGACUCCCAUGAACCAUCACACUUGUAUAAUGGAGGCACAGAAUGAGCUCUGGUGCUAAUGUCUGACUGCUUAUUGCCCCAAGACAAGUAACACUUCUGUACUGUUUUUUACUUCCGUAAUUUAUGGAACAAAAAGAUUAUUGUAUAGUUCCCCACCUGACAUCAUGUCAAUAGUUUCUUGCUUCACCUCUCCCAAAAGAAACAGCUGAAGGACAAUCAUUAAAUAUAGACUAUGCACAGACAGUAUUAAUAAGAAGCACUGUGUUAUGGGCAUUACUUUUUCCCACAAUGCAGUUGCUGUAUUGUUGGUGAAGGAGAGCAUGCAGAAUAUUUUGGAAGGAUGAGCUGCUGUUUUGUAGCUUUACUGGCUGCCCAAACUCAGCACAUAAACUAGGGUGUGUGGGGCUUUUUUUAGGUAUACCAGAAUUUUCACCAACUGCUAAUCUGACUUAAAUUCUUGUCUAGUGUUUGUUUGUUCAUUUUCUUUUCCACUUGUGGAUAAUUUGUAAGAAAACAUAAGGUGUUCUUUACAGGAUUGCUCUAUGUGAUAAAAUAAUUUCAUCUUAUUUCCUUAAAAUUCCCAGUGUCUUUUGGUAACUUCAAUAAAUGGGAUAAAGGCCUGUCCUGAAGUGGAGGUACUAGAAUAAAAGAAAGGGGGUUUAGAGGAAGGUUUGCGUUUGAUUAUUUUUAGUUUCUGGUUAGUGGUUGAACUCUGCGAUUGUGCUAACUAGGUCUGUAAUAUGUGGAAGUCCUGGGAAGGAAGGCAGAGGCUUGCCAGAAAACCUGGAAGAACAUUCAAAAUAGUAAAGGAAUUAUGGGAGGGACAGAAGCAGAGUUUAUCAGGAAGAAAGUAGCUUUGCCCAACAGCUCAUGUUGGCAGGGCAAGGAGAGAUGUGGGGCAAACUGCCUCACGUGGCCCUUUAGGGAAUGGUGUUUUAAAUUUAUUCCACACCACUGUUUAUAAUUGUAACCAAUCAAACAUGUUCCAGUCCAUUUUGCUAUUGAGAUUUUUUUUAAUUCCUCUCUAAAGGUAAGAAAAAAUUGUGUGAAGUUACAUCCAUCUCUCUUCCUAAUUGUCUUUUAUGUAAAUUGUACUGCUGGCAGUUGUAGAACAAAGACAGUAUUCAUGUCUUUUGCAGAGGGAGGUGACCAGUGGAGAUUACUUUGCUGGGAAUAGGAUAAACAGAGCCAAGAACAAAUAAAGUAUUCUAAACAGUUCC